AUGGCUGUGGCUUUGGACGCAGUGUGGGUGAGGGUGAAGAAUGUCUGCAAACAGAAUGGGCUCCUCAUCAUGUCGGUGAUGGCUGUGGUCAUUGGAUGUCUUUUGGGAUUCUUUCUGAGGACACGACGCCUCACAGAGCAGGAGGUAAAGUACUUCCAGUUUCCCGGAGAGCUGCUGAUGAGGAUGCUGAAGAUGCUGAUUCUCCCACUCGUUGUGUCAAGUUUGAUGUCAGGACUGGCAGCCCUCGACGCCAAGUGUUCCAGUCGGCUUGGUCUGAUCACAGUGUCUUAUUACCUGUGGACCACCUUUGUGGCCGUGAUAGUGGGGAUCAUCAUGGUCUCUAUCAUCCACCCAGGCGGUGCGGCCCAGAAAGAGGACUCUGAGGACAGCGGCAAGCCUAUCAUGAGUUCUGCUGAUGCUCUGCUGGACCUCAUCCGCAACAUGUUCCCAUCUAAUCUGGUUCAGGCCACAUUUCAGCAGUAUCGAACAAGUAGCGAGUACAUUGUGAAAACCAAGCCAACGGUGAGCAAGGCCCAAUCAGAGUCCACCACACGGCGAGCACUCAUCUAUGGUAUCCAGGAUGAUAAUGGAACUGACAUCCAGAACUUCGCUCUUGACCUGACUCCACCUCCUGAUGUGCUCAUACGUACUCGGGAAGGAACAAGCGAUGGAAUGAAUGUCCUUGGAAUUGUAAUCUUUUCCGCCACCAUGGGGAUCAUGUUGGGAAGGAUGGGGCCAAAUGGCAGCGCCUUGGUAAACUUCUGUCAGAGCCUGAAUGAGGCCGUCCUUAGAAUUGUUGCCAUUGUCAUAUGGUACUUCCCGUUUGGCAUCGUGUUCUUGGUGGCCGGAAAGAUCCUGGAGAUGAGUGAUCCAUCGGCCAUGGGGAAAAAGUUGGGUUUCUAUGCCGUCACUGUGGUGUUUGGUCUGGUGUUACAUGGAUUGUUCAUCCUGCCUGCCAUGUACUUCUUCAUCACCAAAAAGAGCCCCAUCGUUUACAUACGGGGAAUCCUACAAGCACUGCUCAUCGCCCUGGCAACCUCUUCCAGCUCUGCCACAUUGCCUAUAACCUUCAAGUGCCUCCUAGAGAACAACCACAUUGACCGCCGCAUCAUCCGUUUUGUGCUUCCUGUGGGCGCCACCAUAAAUAUGGACGGCACCGCUCUCUACGAGGCUGUGGCAGCAAUAUUCAUCGCACAAGUUAAUAAUUACGAGCUGGACUUUGGCCAGAUCAUUACCAUCAGUAUUACAGCCACUGCAGCCAGUAUUGGUGCAGCAGGGAUACCUCAAGCCGGACUGGUCACCAUGGUGAUAGUGCUCACAUCCGUCGGGUUGCCAACCGAUGACAUCACUCUUAUCAUUGCAGUGGACUGGGCAUUAGACAGAUUCCGCACCAUGGUGAAUGUAAUGGGGGAUGCUUUGGCCACAGGCAUCAUGGCACACAUCUGUAGGAAAGACUUCAUGAAAGAGGGAGAUGGGGUGCCUUUGAUCUGUGAGACCAAACCCCCGACGAACAAUCCACCUCUGACGAACUGUCACAACAACGGCAACUACCAGCCUCCUUCUGCAGGGGUGAAACACGAGCCUAUUCCUUCCGACGUGGCCCGACUGAUGCAGCUGGAGGAGGGCGUCCGGCCGGCUUCAGAGAGGAAGAAGCCUCCGAUUCCGCCGAGGCAGCUCAAGAAAAGCAAAGAACACUGCGCCGUUGACAUGAAUGGUCUUGAGACCAACGUAUAG